UCCCCAUAAUAGGGCGGUACAUUAUUUGUUAUUGUGGAGAAAUGGGCCAGUCGACAUCUUCAACAUAGAAGGCGAUUUAUAACAUUUAAAGUUUUUGCGUUUGUGAGACUAACAUCAUCACUUUGCUUAUACGGGUAUGAAAUAUUCGUCCAAGAAGGGAAGACAAGAAUAUUGAUUCCUGAAUCCAUCAGUUGUAUUAGAGUGAAUGACACCUUGUAGCACAAGUAAUGUGUAGAAACAGUACUACUAGUCAGGACUCAAGACAUACAUGAACAACAUCUGGACUGAGGGCAAAGGAGAGGAAGAGUCCCUGGUUGGAUGGCAAGAUGUCCAGAAAGUUUGCCUAAAAAGAAUGUAUUUUGUUAAACAUAUGUCUAGCCAAUAUCAGCGAAGUGUUCCACUGGAGGUCAGAAGAGCAGAAGGGGAGAGAGUUCGUGCCAAACAUCCGGAUAAGAUUCCGAUAAUUGUGGAGAGAGCUGCAAGAUCCCGAGCUCCUGAACUUGACAAAAAGAAAUAUCUUGUUCCUUCAGACCUCACAGUCGGUCAGCUUUGUUUUCUGAUCAGACAACGGGUGUCUAUGAGGCCAGAAGAAGCUCUCUUCUUUUUUGUAAAAAAUUCCCUCCCUCCAUCCAGUUCCCCACUUUCUGCAGUGUAUGAGGAACACCAUGAGGAAGACCUGUUCCUGUAUAUGACAUACAGUAAUGAGAGUGUUUACGGUGCCUGAGACAGAGGAUAAAAGGGAUUAGAGAGAGAGAGAGAGAGAUAAUUGUUAAAGAAAGCAGGAGAAGGUUUUAUAUUUUAUUUACCACUAUUAUCCCAUGUUCAAUACAUUGUGCCCUACAGGAGGCAUUGUUCUUAAGUGGGAACUAAAGGGUGCUGUUUGUGAAUAUCAGUAUUUGGGGCAACUAUAAUGUUUUUCACUAAGCGGAUUUAUGACAGUAAAGCAUUGUGUGUAUAGUAUUAAGAUUACAAAAGAAGAGAAAAGAAUAAAUGGUCAAAAAAUACAGCUGAAUUUUGAAAAUGCAGUGGUAGAGCAAGAAAGUAUUCAUUUCACCUUUCUCUCCCAGGAGCAAGUCAUUUGUAUUUAAUUCAAAUAAGUUUUUGUUCUUAUUUUUCUUGUUUUGUAAAGUAUUAUCAAUAGCUUUUGUGCAUAUAAUAAAUAAAAUCUUAAAAGUG